CGCCAAAUUUUGAUAUUUUUGUGGGAAUUUAUGGUUUCUGACAGCCGGUGUAUUACUACUACUGAGCAGCCAUGCCUGUGGUGAACACUGAAUUACAGGCGACAUGCAGUGCCCUGGGAUAUCAGGAAGGCAAUACGUAUGUCAGAGAACCAGAUUGUUUAGAAACGGUCAAGGAUUUGAUCAGAUUCCUGAAGAGGGAAGAGGAAACAUGUGACAUAAGACGUCAACUAGGAGAGGUCCAGAUCCUGCAGAAUGACCUUAUACCAAUCCUUAAAGAAUAUAAAGAUGAUAAAAUUCUAGUUGAGACUGUUCUAAGGUUAAUGGUCAACCUCACGCAGCCAGCCAUUUUAUGUUUUCGUAACUUCAUCCCUGAAGAUAAAACAACCAGAAAAGAAUUCAUCGAGGUUGAGGGCAUACUACGCAUGUAUAAAGCUGCAUUUGCUGAUGAAGCAUUAUUUGCUGUUCUUACCAAGAAACUGGGAGAUAACUUACAAUUGGAUUGGGAGAGUCGCCAUGAAGAUGAUCGCAUGUUGAUUGAAAGGAUACUUAUCUUAGUGAGGAAUAUAUUACAUAUCCAGCCUGAUCUGGGUGAGGAAAAGAGAACAGACGAUGAUGCAAGUAUACAUGAUCAAGUCUUAUGGGCUUUACAUGUGAGUGGAAUGGAAGAUCUGCUCUUGUAUAUAGCAAGUUCCCAGGAGGAGAGGCAGUUUGCAAUGCACUGCUUGGAGAUUGUGUCCCUGAUGUUCAAAGAGCAGACCCCAGAGCAGCUGGCCAAUGCUGGCUCUUCCAGGUCCCUCACUGAGAAAGAGAGGGAUGAGAGGGAACUUGAGCUGGUACGAGAGAAGGAGAGGGCACAGAAAAAAGCAAACAUGAAGAAAUUCAGUACAAGGCACUCGAGAUUUGGUGGUACAUAUGUUGUCUCCAAUAUGCAGUCAAUCACUGAGAACAGCAUGAUAUACCAUCGAUCUUUAGGAGAAGUCAACAAUAUCUCAUUUGAUCAUGAAAAACGCCCUAAAAAGCGAGGCAAAAAUCGUAAACCAAUCACAGAGGCAGAUUUGACCCGGAGGUCGACGCUUAGCAUCCGGAUGUUUCUGAAAGAUUUCUGCGUGAACUUCCUUGAGAACUGCUAUAAUCCUCUGAUGUAUGCUGUCAAGGACAACAUCAACCAUUCUAAGACUCAGGACAAUGAUGAGACGUACUAUCUCUGGGCCAUGAGGUUCUUCAUGGAGUUCUCCAGACUCUAUAAAUUCCGGAUAGAUGUCAUAGGAGAGACAAUGUCCUCCCAGGCCUUCCACUUUGUACAGACCAACCUGACAACAUACUUUGAGAUGAUAAGCAUGGAGAAAAAGGAUGCAAAAAUUUGGUCAAGGAGGGUGCACAUUGCUUUGAGGGCCUAUUAUGAGCUACUACAGACACUCUUUGCAAUGGACAGCUCCAAAGAUCCACAACUGAGAGAGAGUGCCAAUGUGAUAAAAGGAAAUGUUUUCUACCUCAUGGAAUACAGAGACACCUUUAUCAACUUAUUGAAGAACUUCAAUGAGAGCAGGCAGUCCAGGGCAUUCCUGACUGACCUUGUGGAUGCUACACACCUCUAUACUAAGAUGCUUGAGAAAUAUUCCAAGGGGCAUAGUCAUCUGAUGGUGCAGAAAAAACGCAAGAAAUCCAAAAAGAAGAAGAAGCAACAAGCAGCCCCACCUCCAACUGUUGAAGCAGAGUUUUCUCCAGAGCAACUCGAUGACAUGUGGGAUGAAGUGUCCAGUGACCUGUCUGCAAUAUUCCAGGGUCGGGGGAAUAUUCCUGAAGAUGUAACUCCAUUUGAUGCUGCCUCGGAGGAAGACAUAGACCAGCAGAGAAUGGAUGCUAUGAUGCGGGUGCAGGAGUCACUGAGAGAAAACAGACCAGGGGAGGCUAUUGCACUGUUUAGGGCUGCAAGAGAGGUGUGGCCAGAGAAUGAUGAAUUUGGCUCAGCUGACAUGUCGCCAGAAGAUGAAUUCAUGGCACUUAGAGAAGUCUUCAUGGCAAACCUACACCAGCCAGCACCCCCUCCCCCACCUAUAGAAGAGUCAGACCACUCACAAGAAGAAGAUACAGAAGAUGAAAUGCCACAGUUCCAUGAAAGUGAAACUGAGUUUGAAUUUGGAGGCUUCAUCAGAAGGUUCUGCCAGACAAACGUCCUGAAGGCCUACACUCUAUUGUUUGCUGACUUUAAGAAGAACUCCAACCAGACAAACCAUGCAUGUGUAAAGAUGUUUCACCGCAUGGCUGUAGAUCUAGACCUGCCUGGAAUGUUGUUCCAAAUGAGGCUAUUCAGGAUCUUCCAAGAAAUAAUGUUCCACCCCUCAGCUAAGUCACAGCAUAUGAAGGAGUUGGUGAAAUUUGCCCACUUCAUUGUUCGCAAAUUCUUUGAGGUUGCGGCUAAGAAUGACAAAGUGUUCAUUGAAAUUUUAUUCUGGAAGAAUGUACGUGAAUCCACUGAGUUGAUGGAGGGAGGUUAUGGCACCUAUAAAGCAGAGGCAAAGAGUGGGAAAGUUUUGUGGUCAGAAGAAGAGGAGAUGGAACUGCAGCAGCUUUAUGAACAAUACAGGGAUAUGGAGGGCGGAGACCUUGAUGUGGUAGACAACAUUAUGGUUCAUAUCAUAGACCAGACCAAGACCAGGAGGCAGAUAAUCAAGAAACUUACAAACUUGGAACUUAUUGAGAAUGCAGCAUCUCUGAAAAAGUCCAAGGGUGGUGCUCCAAGGGGUGUGUGGCUGGAGGAACAUGAAGCAGAGUUGAGAGAACUGUUUGAGAAACACAAGGAUGCUGAUGACAUCAUGGGUAACAUUAUACCUGAGAUGAGCAUAAAGCGGUCCAAGAAGAAGGUGCAGGACAAGAUAUUAGAACUGGGCCUGGUGACAGACAAGACAAAGCUAUACAAAAGACGAGCAAGAAAAUCUGGAGGAAAGAAAGGGAAGAAGGGAGGCAACCCAUGGGAGGAGGGAGCCAAUGAUGAGCUCUUACCUACCGACUCAAGCAGCGAUGAUGAUCCAGCCCACAAUGAUGCCCAUCACCCUACUAGUGAAUCCUCCAUGUCCAGUGAUGGUGAGAGUAGUGAUAAUGAAGAACCAUCUGCUGAUGAUGCCACUAUCACACACUCUGAGCAAGCUACUGGGUCUGUUAAAGACAUGAUGGUGAACGUAAUAGAAAAUGGUAUGAGUGAUCAGAUUGUGUGGAUAAAGGAAGGACUUCAGAGAACUGCUGCAGACAAGGAGGAGGAUGGAGAUGAUGGGGACCCUAUCCCAAUAGUGCCGAUCACAGAGGAGAACUGUGAUGCCAUGGAGAAUGCAACAUUUGCCCAGUUCCUACAAAUCAUUGGGAUUACCCCUCCCUCUGAAGAUAACCAGCAAGCAUUUUGGCGCAUCCCUGGUUCUAUGUCAGCUCCUGCACUAUGCACCCUUGCUGAUGCCUUAGACCCUGAUGACCCAGACAAGGCAAACACCAUAACACCAGUUCAAGCCAAACAGCCUAAGAAGAAAGACCCAAGGAAAAAGAUGUUGAAAAAAUUAGCCAAACAAAAGAGAAAAGACAGGAAAGCAAAAGAGAAAGAUUCAAGGCAUAAGAAAAGGAUGAAUGCUGCCAACUUUGCACUGACACCCAGCACUAGUGGAGAGAAACCUAAUAAGACCAAGAAGAAAUCUAGAUUAAGGGCUCCCAUACGAGAUAACUCCUCAGACAGUGAUAGUGAUGCUGACAGAUUGAUCAUAGACACUUCUCAUGCUUCACCUGUGAAAUCAAAGGCGAAGAAAACCCAGAAAGCCCCUGAACCGAAAGAAACUGAGAACCAGUUCAAAUCAAAGGAGUUCAUAAGUGAUGAUGAUAGUAGUAGUGAUGAUGAUAAACCACUAACUAAGAGUAAAAAAUCAACUGAUUUUCCAAGAUCCCAAAAAUCUGGAAUGGAUAGUGACUCUGAUAGUUCAGUGGAAUUAGACAGGUCUACUAGCCAAAGAUCAAGUAGAGGAUCAAGGAGUCCAAGUCAAAGAUCAAGGAAUUCAAGUCAAGGAUCUAAUAGAUCUAGGAGCUCCAGUCGAGGAUCAAGGAGCUCUAGUAGAGGUUCAAGGAGCUCUAGUAGAGGAUCAAGGAACUCCAGUCGGGGAUCAAGGACCUCUAGUAGAGGAUCAAGGAGAUCAAGUAGGGGAUCCAGAGGAUCAAGCCGGGAAUCAAGAAGUUCAAGUAGAGAAUCUAAUAUAUCUGCAUCUGGGCACAAGUCAGAAUCAGAUAAGGAAAAUGAGAAGCCAAGUCAGGUCACAUCAGACUCUAGUUCCGAUGAUGAACCAUUAAGCAUGCAGCGUAAACGUAACAGAAACCCUACUCAGUCUAGUGACUCAGAAUCAGACACCAAUCAUUCAAAGAAACCAACAUCUAAACGAGCACGGCUUGGUAGUGACAGCGAUGAGGAUGAUAGUAAUGAUAAAACUACAAGUGAUAAAUACAAAGAUUUAGCAUCAUUUCCUGCAACAAUGAUGAGUCAGAACUUCUCAGAUUCAGAUUCUGAUGUGAAUGAUCACAUUCCACUAAGGAGAGCUGUGAAGAGAACUGCCAUUGAAAGUGACAGUGAAUAA